AUGCGGCGGCGGCAUCCAGUGUCUUUCUCCGCGGAAAGCCGCGGCUCUGAGCCUUGCAUCGUCGUCUCCGAUUCAUUCGCACGUCGUCGCCGGUCCUUCGUGCUUCGCUCCGCCUUCCCGAAGGUCUCCAAGCCUAAGAAACCCCUUAGAGAAGACUCUACUCAUACCAACUCCAACUCAUUAAGCGGCAAGCGACGACGCAGUAUCCAAGACGUCACUGAACCAGUCUCCGGUAGCCAUUUGAAGCUACAGCGCUUUGCUCCGACGCAGCGAUUGGUCGACGAUCGCGCAGACUUCUGCCUGUACCUGGAGCUUCAACUCUCAACUAAACAGGCGCUCGAAGAUGCCCAUGCACUCGUCCAAGUGACGGCCAGAGCGCUACGUGCUGCUGGCUGCAGUGUAUCUGUCCACAUGCUACAAGCCCCCGACUCUGAGGUGCUAGCUGUCAGUGAGGAAGAAGCACAGGCGUAUGCCUUAACUAUAGGCAGUGAAGUACCCGACCAAAGCGUCACAGAGAAAGGAGAAUGGGCAGGUCGUGUGGCCAUGCAAUUAGCUCCAUGGGUGACUCAACAUCCAGACUAUACCAGCCACGUAUUGCCCCUUACGGGUGCUGCACAGUGUCAAAGACUGCGUAAAUUGAUACUCACCGAGCUUCGACUCGAGUUGGAUGUGUGUUGCUUACAUGAAGGAGGUCAUAGUACUCAAGCGAAUAGUACAAGUGCUCCAGUAUUACUCAGUGCCAGAGAGAAAUUACUACCGCAAGUUAUGAGGGCCAAGACGUUCACCAAUGUGAUGCUAUACCCGCUACAUCGGGACGAAGCGAGACGCCAGUUGACACGCCGAUGGGGAGCGCAGAGUGCGCUAGCGCUGCCUCCUUUGCAGGAUAUCUACGCGUAUUUUGGACCGAGAAUCGCCAUGUAUUUCGCCUGGCUGGCGUUUUAUACAAAGAUGCUGGUAUUACCCGCAGUGUAUGGCGUUGUAGUGCAUGUGCUGGGCCAGCUAAAUCUGGCCCCGAGUUGCACUGUGCACUGCGUUUUAGUCGCAAUUGGCACGUCGCUUAUUGCGGAUAUGUGGAGACGUCGACAGCGUGAAGUAGAGUUUACAUGGGGUUACGAUGGGGUACUCUCGUCUCUACAUGCCACGACGAGGGUACAGUUCAAAGGCGAGUGGAUGCAAGACCCCGUGACUGGGGUACGCUGUUUCGACUAUCCACAUCAUAAGCGUCUUCUGCGGCAACUUCUAGCUGUCCCGUUAUUAGUGUCCAUGUGCUGUUUAGUAGGAGGGUACGUUGUCGGGCUACACGUAUUUUCGGAACGGCUUCGAGCGAGCUACAAGGGUAGCUGCACCCAGGGACCUUAUGUAGCGGAAAACUGGGUACCCAGCUACGAUACCGUGACGUGCGCCUUUGUAUCACAUGGUCCAAGCGUCAUAAACGCCGUGAUCAUCCACGUGAUGGACAAUUUGUAUCAGUUAUUGGCGCGCAAACUCACGGAAUUCGAGAAUUACCGUACACUGGAUGAACACGAAGCACAUUUGGUGGCUAAACGCAUGCCGUUCCAUCUCGUCAAUAGCAACGCAUCGCUCUGGUUUCUCGCUUUCUAUGUGCGACGACUGGAUCAUGUUCGUGAGCGUCUGUGGAUUCUACUGGUAGCGACACAGCUGAUCGAUAAUUUCAAGGAAGUAGGUCUGCCACUCGCUGUCUCGGUGGGCGGUCAAGUGCUCACAGCGGAGAAUAAACGGCGUCGUCAACAGAGUCUUCAGAGUCUUCAGAGCGAGGCAGUUGUAGGGAUCCAGCGUCAGCACUCGACGCUUCGAGCCAAGCGUGAGCGAGUCGACGUGGCUAAAGCGGCGACAGAGCAACGACUGGCGCGAGUUCUUAUGCAGAAGCGACAGGCAACGUAUCGUGAUACAUUUGCUGACUAUAAGGAGCUCAUGGUGCAGUUCGGGUACGUGACUCUGUAUAGCCCAGUGUUCCCGUUGGCGGCGGCGUUCGCGUGGUUGAAUAAUACGAUCGAGAGUCGAUCCGACCUGCUGAAACUCGUGAAUCGACACGGAUAUCAGCGACCAGUUGCCCAGCACGCACGAGGAAUUGGCGUGUGGGAGAAAGUGCUGGUGAGCUUUGCCGGUGUAGCUGUCGUUGUUAACUGCGCGCUAGUCUGGACGUACGAACUGGACGAGUUGCUGCCGUCGUGGACUGAACUUCAACGGUUUGCGUUCAUUGUGGCGUGUGAACACGUGAUCUUUGUCAUCAAGGCGUGGCUGAACUGGGCAGCCCCUGAAGUGCCAGUAACGUCGUCACUUGGUAAGAAGGCAGUGUUACCACCGUCCGUGCUUGAGACGAUAGUUAAUGGAGCUUCGCUGUCUGCUGUAAAUGGACAAUAA